GAACGCUCGCAGCGGGGGCUCAUUACAAUUCCAUUUCGCCGAUCCGAUUCCAACCGCCUCCGAGAGCAAGAAUGCGCGGGACCCACCUCGUUGAUUUGAUCCCACUCCACUCUGCUGUCGUCUUAAUUCCGCUCUCUCGACGCCCCACCCUCGUCUUUGGUUUCGACUCUGCCAAACACGUGAAUCCCAUCUUUGCUGCACCUUCACUAUUUCAGCAGGUGCUUUGUGAGUGUCAACGGCUGCUGGGUUGAGCUGUCUCUUUGAAUGCUCGCCGUGAAACUGCAAGCACUUCUCCACGUCACAGCUUCGAACACCCAAGAACUGGUCUGUGUUUGCAAUCUCGGUUGAAGGGAAUGGCAACGAGGGUGUAAUCUGAGAAGUAUUGGCUCCGCAUUGUGAAUGUUAGAAUUGAAUGACUUAUCAGAGAUGGUACGCUCUUAUGUCAUGAAAUCGAUCGAGAUUAAAGAUUUUGAAAUUAUUCCCAACUUUUCUCUCUCAGGCUCUUGGACCUAAAAGCAUUUAUACUGAAUUUGCUUGAAGUUCAGUGAGACUUGUUGCGUGUGGAAGAAAGCUUCACAGUUCGCUCUGAAAAGCUAACAUCGGUUGGUAGUUCUUGAGACUUUCAAGUUCAAUGAAAGGAAUGACAGAUCAAGAACCGCCACCUCAACGAGGUAAUGGUGUUGUAGGUGUGCUCAGAGAGCAAAGUAGCAUUUGGGAAAGACGCGCCCCUUUAUCACCUCACCAUUGUGCCAGACUUUUAAAAAGCGGGGUGAAACGGAUACUGGUGCAACCGUGUUCUAAACGAAUAUACCGAGAUGCAAUUUAUAAAGAUGCUGGUUGUGACGUCACAGAUGAUCUCUCAGCUUGUGGCCUCAUCCUUGGAGUUAAACAACCCAAGGCUGAAAGCUUGCUACCGGACAGAUCUUAUGCGUUCUUCUCUCAUACGCACAAAGGACAGCCAGAGAACAUGCAUUUGCUUGACAAGGUGCUGGAGAGGAGAAUCUCCUUAUUCGACUACGAACUCAUCAAGGAUAGCAAUGUGAGGUCUGUGUAUUUUGGACAGUUUGCGGGAUACGCUGGCAUGAUUGAUGGCCUUCGUGGCCUUGGCGAAUGGUUAUUGAGCCGAGGUUAUUCCACUCCGUUCCUGUCCAUUGGCUCGACGUAUAUGUACACGAGCUUGAGCGUGGCCAAGCAGGCUGUGCUUGCAAUUGGAGAGGAGAUCAAAACUUCCGGACUUCCUCCAGAGAUUUGUCCUCUCAUAUUUGUUUUCACUGGAGCUGGAAAUGUCUCACAAGGAGCUCAGGAGAUUUUGAACCUGUUACCCCAUGAAUUCGUACACCCAUCCAAGCUUUCCGAACUCACUGAUACUUCACCUUCUAAGGUGCCAGUCAGAGGAGUUAACUUCAAAGUCUAUGGUUGCGUGGUCGCGUCAGAGCACAUGGUGGAACGUAAAAUUCCUGGCUCUGGUUGUUUUGACAAGCACCACUACUACGAACACCCAGAGGAGUACUCGCCAGUGUUCGCAAAGAACAUCGCUCCUCACGCUUCUGUUCUUGUGAAUUGCAUGUACUGGGAGCAAAGGUUUCCAAGACUCCUCACAAUCAAAGAAUUGUUGGACCUUCGCAGUAGUGGACGGAGCCGACUGCAGGUCGUAGUUGAUAUUACCUGUGAUAAAGGAGGUUCUAUUGAGUGCCUGAAGAAGUACAGUUCAAUUCAAAAGCCCUUUUUCAGGUAUAACCCCGAGAAUGAUAGCACCGAAGAUGACAUGGACGGGGACGGUAUUCUAUUCAUGGCCGUGGACUGCCUCCCAACAGAACUUCCAAGAGAGUCCACGAAGCAUUUUGGAAAUGCGUUGUUUCCAUUUUUGGUCAACCUCGCAAACGCAAAAACGUUGGCUGAAAUUCAUGUUCCGGUGCGCGAUGCCUGUAUUGCUCACGAAGGCAGCCUUACGGAGAUGUACAAGUAUAUCCAGAAAUUGCGCGAGGCCAAUGCCAGCAAAACGCCACUGCUUCAGGAGAGGGAGGGCAUGAGUAAUAGUCCGAUUUCCACGAUUGUGUCAUUGAGUGGUCACCUUUUCGACCAACAUCUUAUCAAUGAAGCUCUUGAUGUGAUCUGCGCUGGAGGGGGGCGUUAUCGACUAGCAACUUGCAAGCUUGGCCAGUCAGAUGACGAAACCUCCUGUGCAGACCUGGAGGUUACAGCCGGCAGCCAGGAUGCACUGAACUGCAUCGUUGACAAGCUGGCUGAAAUUGCGGUUAAGGGAUCAAACAUUCGACAUAGAGAAUUGGAGGGUUCUAGAGAUAUAUCCGAAUCAAAUGAAAACGGAAUUGCUUUAGAGAAAAAUUAUCAAGUGCUCAUUUUGGGAGCCGGUCGCAUGUGUGAACCAGCGGUGAGGCACUUAACAUCAACCAAACGACGGUUUCGGUUCAGAGAGGCCUCUUAUGUGGACAAUGGUUUGGUUGAUGAGUGUGUUUCGGUGGUGGUGGCUUCUUUAUACAUUGAAGAUGCUCAGAGGGUGGUUGCAGGUGUUCCUAACGCUUCGGCCAUAGAGCUGGAUACAUCAGAUACUCAGAAUCUGGGGGAUUGUGUUUCCAAGGCAAAUGUGGUGAUUAGCUUGCUUCCGGCCGAUCUUCAUCUCCCCGUGGCGACUGCCUGCAUCAAGUUCAAGAAGCAUCUAGUGACAGCAAGUUAUGUCAGCGAAGCUAUGCAAGCCCUGGAUAAGAUGGCGAAAGAAGCCGACGUGACUCUACUUUGUGAAAUGGGCCUGGAUCCUGGCAUAGAUCACUUGAUGGCUAUGAAGAUGAUAGAUUCGGCACACAAGAGAGGGGGUCGUGUGCAGUCUUUCGUUUCGUACUGCGGAGGUCUUCCGUCUCCAGAAGCUGCAAACAAUCCUCUUGGUUAUAAGUUCAGUUGGAAUCCUGCUGGAGCAAUUAAGGCGGGACGCAACCCUGCCGUGUAUUUGAUGAAUGGUCAAAAGAUUGAAGUUCCUGGGGAAAAGUUGUUUGCUGCAGCCUUGCCAGUACGGUUACGAGACACACCAGCUUUCGCCCUUGAAAGGUUACCAAACAGAGAUUCUCUGAAGUAUGGUGAGCUGUAUGGCAUCUCCAAGGAAGCCUCGACCAUAUUUCGGGCCACCCUUCGGUAUCAAGGGUUUAGUAAGGUUAUGGAUGCGUUAGGCGAGCUGGGGUACUUUGACACGGAUCUUCAUCCAUUGUUGGAUCCCGGUGCUUUACCAGUUCCUGACCAACCGACUUAUAAUGCCAUGCUGGAUGCCCUCUUGUUGCAAAUGUUUCACAAGAUGAAUGAGCCAGAGAAGCGAAUGAUGCUCAAUGCUGGUGACAGAAACUCGCUUUCACAUGCAUUGGCGUAUCUUCCUUGCUGCAAGAAUAACCCCUCUGCUGUCGAGGAUGCUGCUGCAUGCAUUAGGUGGCUGGGCCUUGAUGCGCUGGAGCAAGUACCCAAAUCUUGUAAAAGCAUAUUUGAAGUGCUCUGUAAACGAAUGGAGGAGAAGCUCACAUAUGGGCCUGAGGAAACGGAUAUGGUGCUUCUGCACCACGAGUUGGACGUGGAAUUAAAUGGACAGGUGGAGCGGCACACGGCUACAUUAUUAGCUUUUGGGGAAACUGCAGAAGGAUGCAGUCAAAGAAGGCCCGAGUCAGCUAUGGCGCGGACUGUAGGUAUACCAGCAGCAAUUGCAGCUGAGUUACUGCUGUUUGGUGAAGUGAAGACUAGAGGUGUUCUCCGUCCACUGACCGCAGAAAUUUAUGAACCAGCUCUGGAGGUUCUGAAGACCAUGAAGUUACCAUUGGUUGAGCACGUUGAGUUCUUGUAGGUAAAGGAAGCCAUAACACUGGCUCUUAUUGAAAUGAAACGCACAAGCUGGUAGCCAAAGUUUAUUGCCAAAUAUUAUGGUGCUUAUUCCAAAUAUGAUAGAACCUAGACAAGGUGAGUACACUGCAGCAGAUGAAUCUGAACGUGAUGACAAAUCUGGGUAUAGGCCUGCUGACUCGAGUGACGCUCGCUAAGACAGAUGAAAUGUACAUAACAGGCUAAUUUUUAGUAAAAUAGACCAACUAUGAAAGGGAUGGAGCUGAGACGCCAUUGAAAAUUGAAGGGAAUCUACUUCCGCCAGAUGAAUGCAAGCUUAAGUUGACUUAGUGCCAGCCAAUUCGACUUAAAUUUGUUCUGUGGAAUGUCUUAAAUUGCCCUAUCAAAGGGUGCCUGCAUUUCACACAUGGUACUUUUCUUGAUAACCUCUAGCCUCAACCAAGUUAGGAAGGAUAUGCAACUUGCCUGUAGCCGUUCUAUGCACUCACUAAUUCUGACAUUGAGAAUAAAUACCGAUUUCUUCUGUCCA